ACGGCAGCCUCAUUUUAGCGCCGACGAAAACUAAACGCCUGUUACUGUCUUCUUCCAUCGCUUCCGAUUUUUUCUGUGGUUGGGAAUAAUGCUUGAUGGGAUGGGAUUUAUCGAUUGAGAUAAGAUGCCUACCAUUUCGCUCUACCUUCUCUCUUAAUUCUGCGGCUUUAGCUUCUCACUCGAUGCUUGUGCGGCAUCCUAAUGCCGCCGGCGGAGGACCACAAGACAGUUGACGAUGCAAGGAAGCCCUCAUAUCCAGCAGCGGUAAGGUUGUUUAUACCCGGCCACUGCCUGUACUCACAACCAUGCUCUUUUCCGAACAUCGGCGACCCUGACUUUCCCAUCAGAUGAAAUCCAGGUUUUCUCCUCUAAUUUCUACUACUCUCUGGUUGCGACUACCCUAAUGGCCACCCCUCUGGCCGCUAUUCAAAAGGCCUUCGAGGCCCUGGGGUUUUCUCCAUUUGGACCCAAAACCGAUGAAGCUGAUAGAACUGAUUAUGUCACUACUUUUGACUUUGAAGGCCCAUUCUUCAUGCUCCAACUGAUUAUGUUUCUGUUGUACCAGUUCUUGCAGAUUGCGUUUCUGAUAAAACUGAUAGAAAUGGACUUAUUGAUUGUGUUUCCGGCGAAGUUGAUACCUUGAAAAAUGAUGCAAUUGUAGCCUAUGAUGAAGCCUCAAUGAAUGCCUUUGGAAAUGCAUUAUCUGCAGGCCGUGGUCCUGAAGUUGAUACAAUUGAGUCAAUAAUUGGAAAUGAAGAACCUCUUUCUGAUCCGUCUAUUGAAACUGACAUGACUUAUACUACACUUCAUCAUCCCCUGUCCUAUGAUGAUAUUCAGUCUGAGGACCCCCCCCCCCCCCUGUUCUCACUGAGAACAAAUUUCCCGCUGUUGUUUUUUUACCGGAUUAUCUGAUUAAUCUACUGCUAUGUUUCUUUUUGUUGCUGCUUUGGCCAUACGAGUUUUAAUGUUAGUUUGUUUCAUCUUUUUUGGCAUUCUGGUCGAAAGGAAUUUUGUUCACAAAUGAAGUUUAGGAUACCUAACAUAACUUUGAACUUCUUUACAAUAUCCUUCUGUUAUUUAUUUUUUAAAUUAGAUUUACUAAUUGUUUGUUUUUUCAUCUGCUACAGUCCUCGAAGAAUAUGAGCCAAGACUUGAGAAAUGGAUCCUAAUCACACUUCAUGGACUGAAACACUUUGAUAGGGAAGAUGGGACAAUUGAUCCUUCGCUGCUAUGGGAACAAAUAGAGAUCCAGGUUUCCAAGUGAAAAGAAGAAGCUUUUAGCAGGAGAGAGAUACAUCAUUUUUAUGCUGAAGUCUAAUUUCUAACCUGGCAGCCAUUUAUAUGUGUUUGAGACUUCUAGCACCCGUGGAAGAUAUGAACGGGAGAGCAUUGUUAUGCCAAGUAUCAUCUCUAAAGCCAAUGGUUCACUGGUUUUUCUAAUGCAUAUGAGCUGCUAAAACUCCUGGAAGAAAUCAAGUAGGCACAAGGUCGUAUUAACAAGAUAAGAUGGCAAUGAGCUUGAUUUAUGUACACCAUCAGCAAUUAAAAUCUGUAGCCCAGAUUCAAAAAUCUUUCCGGAAUUACAGAGAGGUAGCUCUGAAACACUUACAGGCUACUAAAGACUCUGCUGACUCAAACCUGCUUGAAAAGGCUCAUGUUAACUAUGAAGGGGUAAAUUUGUUUCUUAAUUUGAUUCAAUAGUCAAUGCUGCCAGCUCUAAACUAUAUGUUUCCCAUAAAGUUUAUUGUGAAAGUAAUUAUCUAAGAUUAGUUUACACUUUAUCCAUCCAAAGAAAAGGAGUAACAAAGUUUUACGUUAGAUACACUUCUUGUUACAAGCACCUUAUGAGGCAUCAUAUUACAUCAUACUGAAAUUGGAAUGUCAACAGGGUAGAAUUGUUAGCUAUGGUGAGUGGUUCAUUUUGAGACUCCCGCUUUAUGAUCCUGUUCUGCCACUUAAUAUAAGGUGUAUUAGCUAUAUUUUUAAUGUGACUUGUCAACAAUAUGUAUUCUCUGUGUAUUUCCUCCUUCCUGUAAAAGGUCAUGCUUUAAACUUUUUUUACCAAAGAAGAAUCAUAUUCCAUUGAAGGGUUUUGACUUUAUGAUUGGCUCCCUUUGCAAAACUAUUCCUUAUUUUUUGUUUAUGUAUAAAUAAAGCUUCUCUUGUCUGUCAGUACCGGCCUAGCUCGGUACGUGCUUUCAGGAUGCCUGAUGGAGACUCUGGCAACUUUCUGGCUGCUAUCGUUACUUCAUAUACAUUGGAGAAUGAUAUGGCUUUUCCUUUGUGUUGCUCCCCAGCAACUAGAAGCCUAUGUUUUUUCCCAAAUGGGGAACGUUCAGGUUAGUUUUUUGGUUAAGCUUUGUGCAUGUUUUAUGCCGCUAAGGGAGAUGAUGAGUAGACGUCGAAUCUUCAAAUAAAAUUAACCCAAAUGAAGAUAGUUCAUGUACCGGUGUUUGGGAAGUUUGUCCUGCAGUUGUAUGCUCUUCCUUUACUGGUCUUGUGAUUUACGAUAUGGCUGCAGAACUGGCAAUUAUAGACGUCAAACCAGAGGUGCCCAAAUGGACAUGUCGUGUUACUGUUGUUGAGAAGCAAAACAUACGCACAGGAAAAACCUCACCAGUGAAGUUUAUGCCGAUGAUUCUUAUGGACUCAACUGGGACAAAGGUGCAAGCCACUGCAUUCCAGGGUGAUAUCGCUGGCAUUGAUCAGCGUCUGUCGCUGUAUUCAACGUACCUCAUCUCUAACGCUUAUGUGAAGCCGCUGACAGAUCUUCGCUAUUGUGUUGAUGACGCAUACAAGUUCGUUUGGUCUUUCACAAGGCGGACUUUGAUACAGGAUGUUCAACCAGAAGAAGGGGUUAACUUCCGUCAGCUUGCGGAGGCGGGAACCAGGCCAUUCUGGGAGUUUUUCACUUGCUACCUGAAUAAUGAACACAUCAGCGUUCUUGCUGCAAUUGUGUCAAAGUUGCCACGUACGUUUAUCGUUACAGACAAUGGCCAGAAACUUGCCUGGGACGUGGUCCUUGUUGAUGAAGACUGCACUCCUGUGCCACUUACUAUGUGGGAAGAGUUUGUGACUCGCCACGGUGCUGAGGUUGAAAAACGCCUAAAUGAAGGAGAUCGCCCCCUUGUGCUCCUUAACAGGGUUGCUGUCAACCUCUUUCAGGGCCUUUCAUUGUCAACACGAUACGAUAGCCAUAUGGAACUUGCGCCAGUUGGUGAGCGUGCAUUAAUUCUUAAAAAAUGGGUUAAUGCUAAUACGGCAAAGAUAGAUAAACUUCUGGUUGACAAACGAUAUGAAGAUGCUCUAGCUGAUAUCGCCCACCCUAUCACACAACCACGCACUGCUCUUUCCGAUGUGGAAGCUGGGCUUAACAAGGUUCCUGUAGUGUGGGUAUAUGGAAAAUUUAGCUUGACUGAUACUUCCGGAGAUAGUUUCUACGUGGGCUGUGAUUAUUGUAACCGUAGAGUGUAUGCAGAUGAUGGUGAAGAAUUUGAAUGCUUAUUCUGUGGCCAGAAGCAAGGAACCACUGUUAAACGCUACAUCUGCAAUGCCACGCUCCAUGAUGCAAGCAGCUGCAUCCCUGUUACGAUCUUCACAAGUGACAUCUUCCGCUUGCUUGAAUUCACUGGCAUGGAUCCUGGUGUUGACAUUGAUUUGCCCGCUUUGGAUGCACGUCUCCAAUCGAUUACUCUCGUUGCAGGUGUAAAGCGUUCGAGAACCAAUGAGAAUGGUAUCCAGAAGAACCCUUACAGUAUCGUGCUUGUUUCCAACGACCAACCACCUCUGCAACCUGCCCUGUCCGUUGCCACCACUUCAUCAAACACUCCGAUGGAUGCUACCGCUGUGCCCAAGCGAAAGCUGCAGUUCAAGUCAGUGAAGGAUAUAGCAUCACCUGAUCAUGAUUCCAGUUCCCGGGGACAACUCGAGGAUACUGAUGGCCCAGACGAACUGCUUGUGAACCUUCGCAGCAGGAAGCGUAAGGCUCCUGCCCCUUGAUCACCACAUUUAGCCCUUUUUGCUGUACAGUUAGCAUCCAUUGCAAUGGCUUUGCUUGUAUGUACAUAGUGAACUUUUUUUUGCUGCACCUUUGGCUCUCAUCCAUUGCUCUAGGAUUGCUUUCUCUACCUUAUCUCAUUGCACCACUAACCAACCAGUUUUUUUGUCCUCUGUGCCCUGCUCACUUGGUUCAUAGCUGCGCUGUACAUAUGGUUUCGCACUUCACCGUUUUUUUUUAGUAGCUUGCUGAAAACCAUGUAUAUAUACAACUGUUGUGGGUGCACAUGUUACAUUUAUUAGUGGUGGCUACGUUUUCAUAAAAAGAAUUCAGCACUCGGUUCAAAGCACCUCAGCAUCGAUUCUUCCUCCGAUCAUCAUCACAGCUAUAUGGAUUUGCUGAGGAAGUGUGUUGUUGAGUCCACAAAGAAUAACAAUGGAGAAGAAACACUCUCGUACUUUGUGAAGACUGUGCACGGAAGAAAAAUCCUUGUUGCUAUGUUUACCCCUACCGAUGAAGGUGGGCAUGAGUGCCAUGCCAGUCAAGAGUGGAAGCACUUUUUGCGCUCUACGGGGUAUUUCAGGCUGCUGCCAAAAAAAUUCCACACCAAGGCAGAAAUCAAACAUAAACUUAACCAUUAUCUGGAACACCCUGCUGCAAUGCCCGUAAUCCAAGCAUGCCCAAGAACUGGUCUGGUUCAUUUCCCGGAUGUCCUGCAAUUCACGGUUGUCUGGUUCCUCUUGCAGGCCACAGAGUUUGAAUUUGCUCGGAUCCCUGAAUGCAUGCACAGGCAUUUAUUUGAACAUGCCAAGGGGUACGCUCGCCUUGUUUACGGUGGUGCGUGCUGGCCUGUCAAAGUCGACGACUUCUGUUUCUCCAGUGGGUUUACUGAGUUCUUGAGUGAAAAUGACGUUGCUUUUGGAACCCACAUGCUUCUUCGCCACAUCGGUGACUUCACAUUUGAGGUCUUAAUGUUUGAUGAUCUGGGAUUUUCUAUAGACCGAGCUGCGCCACCCAGUGGUUCUGUCGACAUUGUGGACAGACCAGAUUACUUUCGUGUUCACGUCGACUCCUGCCUUCCAGAUAGCACAUACAGGCAACUCUACUGUCCUCCCUCUUUUCUGUACGUGCACAAACAGACGCCUAAGAAAUUCUGUGAGGCAUUUUUGCGCUCUUGCACUGACAUGAGGGGACGUCUACAGGUCUUCUACGGAAAACAGUCUCGGCUCUCCAUUGUUAGGGAAGAGUCAAUGUUACGUGACAUUCAAAAGACUUUUCACCUCCACCGGCAAACCACUCUAGCAUUUAUCAAACAUGGACGUGGUAGGACACUCCUGAUGGCAAUCUCAAAAUGUGGACUGGAAGAGCCCCCUAAACGUGCUAAAACAUAUGAAAUCUGCACACCAAUGCGCGCCGACUGUUAAGGAACUUCCUACUCCUAAAUGUUAUAAGCUAUGGUUUUUGCUUGGAUCUGUGGAACUAAAACUUUCUUUAAGUGCCUGCGAGCCCUACUCUUUUGCAUCCGUACCAUGUAGACUAAACUUUGAACCAGGGACGCCGCAUCUCCGGUGCUUAAUAUCUGCUAUCAUGUCAUAUAACGCCCUAAACUUCUGAAUUUUUUUUAUUCCUUAUAUGUACCUUUGCGCCCGACAAAGUCAUCCUCUUUUCCCCCAUCUGCUUACUGCAUUAGAUACACAUGCAUUGGCAUUAGGCAAGUGCACACAAAUCUGCACCUAAUAUAAAUUUCACUCUCCAUGUGUAUCGCUAAAUCUACUAAUACCAUUUCUUUCCCGUUUAUUUUGCACCUAUUGGGCAUCUUUUGUCGCGCAACACGCGUCCAGGCUAGUAUAUAUAUAUAUAUGUAUAUAGGGUUAAGAUUGGAUACAAAGUGUGCUUCCAGUACAAAAUGCAAAUUCA